AUGACUGACCAAACUGUCAAUAGUGCAGCCGGCGGCAAUGGGCCUGAGCCUGAGCAGUAUGAUCCAUCCAAGGAUCCUAAGCGGAAGGCAAAGUCGGGAGACCCUGGGUGGAAGUAUGGGUAUUGGCAUGAUAUGAACAGGAGGGAUAGGAUACGAUGCACUUUUUGCGGGACAGAUGUGCAUGCUGGAAUAGCAAGGUUCAAGCGUCACCUAGCUGGGGCUAGUACUAAAGGGAAGAAGAAUUCUAUAAAAUGCAAGAAGGUGCCAGAGGCUGUUUCAAAGAAGAUGCUGGAUUUCAUGAAGGCCUACGCAAAGAAGCAUAAUAUGCCAGGGGAGUCUGAUAAAGAAGAUACAGCAACUGGUGAUGAAGAAGAGGAUGCAACAGCAACUCAAACUAGUAGUAGGACAACAGCAAAAAGGAAGGCCGAGACUGUCCAAACUGAAUUACAUACACAAAAGGCUUCAAGAACAAUUGCCGGGAUGAUUAGGAAGACUCCGGAAGAAGUCAUUGAGCUAAGGCACUCGAAGAAUCCUUCUCAAGCCGCAUUGAACGCAGGUUGCUUCAAAAGGACCACCGAGGAUAAGGAUAGAGUUGAUGAUCAUUGGGCAGCAUUUUUCUAUGCCAAUGCCAUUCCCUUCAAUGUUACCCGAUCAAGAGCCUUUGAGAUUGCAUUGGAGUCCACCGGGCAAUAUGGUCCAGGCUACAUCCCCCCAACUAUUCAUGCUCUUAGGCUUCCACUUCUUGUGGAAGCAAAGAAGAAGACACAUGCAUUGAGAGAGCAACAUGAGCUGGCUUGGCAAGAGUAUGGCUGCACACUAAUGUCCGAUGGGUGGACCGAUGGGAGGACUAGGCACUUGGUCAACUUCCUUGUCAAUAGUCCAGCCGGGACUUUCUUCAUUGAUAGCGUUGACAUACCAGCCUUAGUAGCCAGCAAAGAAUUGUUGGCAGAUUUGAUGGAGAAAAGGAUCAACGACAUUGGAAGAGGCUACGUGGUUCAGAUUUGCACGGAUAAUGGUGCUAACUACAAGGCAGCGGGUAGACUCUUAACAGAGAGGAUUCCUACAUUAUGGUGGACCCCUUGUGCAGCCCAUUGUUUGAACCUUAUGUUGGAGGCCAUUUGCAAAAUCAAGCAAUUCAGCGAGUGUAUUACAAAUGGAAAAAGGGUGUCUACAUUCAUCUACAGGCAUGGCAAGGUUUUAGAUGAAAUGAGAGUGAAGACCGACAACCGUGAUCUUGUGAGGGCUGGAGCUACUCGCUUUGCCACAAAUUUUCUCAACUUGCAAAGCUUGCACAAACAUAGGCAAGCUCUCAAAGAAUUGUUUGUGGGUGAUGUUUGGCAUAGCAAUAAGAAGUUGUCAACCUCACCGGUGGGACAAAAAGUUCAAGAAGAUGUGUUGUCCAUUAGUUUUUGGAACUCAGUAGAGACUUGCAUGAAAGUUUCUCUACCUCUUCUAAGGGUGCUAAGGAUUGUUGAUGGCGAUGAGAAGCCGGCGAUGCCCGAGGUUAUGGCAGCAAUGGAUUAUGCAAAGGAGAGAAUCAAGGCUGCGAUAGAUGACAAACCAACGUUGGUUAAGAAGGUGACAGAAAUAGUAGAGGACAAGUGGGAAUCUCAAAUGGGGGUGAAGUUGUAUGGAGCUGCACUAUUCUUAAACCCAAAUAGGAUCUAUGGUCUCAAAGCUAAGCCCGAGAAAGCACGAUAUUGUCAAAGGCUUAGGCAUAUGUUCAAUGAGGUGCUAUUGCACAUGGAGCCCGAUGAUGAUAAAGCAAGCGUGAUAAGUAGAUUGGCUGAUGACUAUGAAAGAGGUGAAGGUGAAUGCUUCAGCUCUAAGUUGGCAAUCAAUGACCGAACAAAAAAGAGUCCUCUUCUUUGGUGGGGUGCUUAUGGUGGCCUUGCUUAUGAGCUGCAACAUUUAGCAAAGCACAUAGUUAGCCUUUGUGCUUCAGCUUCCGGUUGCGAACGAAAUUGGUCUUGCUUUCAAAAUAUCCAUAGCAAAAAGAGAAAUAGGUUGGAGUUCCAAAGACUUAAUGAUUUGUCAUAUGUUCAAUACAACCGGAAGAAUGCCGAUAGGUUCCAAAAGAUUCGUGAGGAAGGCUCCAAAGGGACUAGGUCUGACCCAUUAGUCCUAGAAGACAUUAGUCCUAGAAGACUUACAAUGGGACAAUGA